UUCACUUGUCUUGACACUACCACCAAACUCUUAUCUAAUUUACCGUCCCUCCCAUGGAGUUCUCGAGAAGACACGUCAGAGCUCAAGUGAUAAAGACAGUUUCAGUGCUUGUGGUUGUGGCCUUGUUGAGUCUAAGAGGAGCUGAAAGCAGAAGAGCCAGGAUUCAGCAGGGUGGGUCUUUGGAGUACAAAGCUAUUAGCUGCAGAUCUCACAGUGCAUCCCUGACGGAUUUUGGUGGUGUUGCUGAUGGCAAAACAUCAAACACAAAGGCAUUUCAGGCUGCAAUCGAUAAACUAAGCCAAUAUGCAUCAGAUGGCGGCGCUCAGCUAUACAUUCCUGCAGGAAAAUGGUUGACCGGCAGCUUCAGCCUCACCAGCCACUUCACUCUCUAUCUACAUAAGGAUGCUGUUCUCCUUGCUUCCCAGGAUAUGAACGAGUUUCCUGCGCUCAAACCAUUGCCAUCAUACGGUCGAGGAAGGGAUGCGGCAGCCGGCAGGUACACCAGUCUCAUUUUUGGAACAAACCUCACUGACGUUGUUGUCACAGGUGACAAUGGCACAAUUGAUGGUCAGGGAGCAUUCUGGUGGCAAAACUUCCACAGGGGAAAGCUAAAAUACACUCGUCCUUACCUGAUAGAACUCAUGUUCUCAGACCAAGUUCAGAUUUCAAAUCUAACGCUCCUAAACUCUCCUUCAUGGAAUGUUCAUCCAGUUUACAGUAGCAAUAUACUUGUGCAAGGGAUCACGAUCAUCGCUCCAGUUAAAUCUCCAAACACUGAUGGUAUCAAUCCAGAUUCUUGCACAAACGUUAGAAUAGAAGACUGUUACAUAGUCUCUGGGGAUGACUGUAUAGCCGUUAAGAGCGGCUGGGAUGAGUAUGGCAUAGCAUUUGGGUGGCCAACCAAACAACUAAUAAUCAGACGGCUCACAUGCAUUUCCCCAUACAGCGCCGCGAUCGCAUUGGGAAGCGAGAUGUCAGGCGGGAUACAGGAUGUGAGGGCCGAAGACAUUGUGGCCAUCCAAACCGAAUCAGCAGUGCGGAUCAAAACAGCCAUAGGAAGAGGAGCAUACGUGAAAGACAUAUACGUGAAGAGAAUGAGCUUGCACACAAUGAAAUGGGUGUUUUUGAUGUCAGGCAAUUAUAAGGCACACCCUGAUAAUAAAUAUGACCCCAAUGCGCUGCCAGUGAUACAAGGGAUUAACUAUAGGGAUGUGGUGGCAGAGAAUGUAACAGUGGCAGGUAGAUUGGAAGGGAUUUCUGGUGAUCCCUUUACUGGCAUUUGUAUGUCGAAUGUGACCAUUGGGAUGGCUUCUAAGGCGAAGAAGAUGUCGUGGAGGUGCAGCGAUGUUGCCGGGAUUACGAGUGGCGUGACUCCCCCGCCGUGUGAUUUAUUAGCUGAUCAAGGGCCGAAGAAGGUCACCACAUGUGAUUUUCCAGAGGACACUCUACCGAUAGAUAUGGUAGAGUUUAAGCAGUGCUCUUAUAGAAUGAGUUAUGUGUGAACUUUGUUUAAUGUGUACUAAAAAUAUUAGCUUUUUUUUCGUUUUUUGUUUUGAGGAAAUACUAAAAAUAUUAGUUGUUAUAACAAGGAGUGGAGUCAGAAAUUUUA